AUAAGAUCACGUUUUGUUUUGGAUUCUAAGAUAAAAAUAUAUUGAUUUUAAUAAGUUUCCUUUGCGUAAAGACAUUUUUCUUAAAAUAUAGAUUGCAUUGAAUAUUUUCUAAUGUCUGUAAAAUACAGUUUACAGCUAUUUUUGUAAACCAAAAUAUCCUCGGACAUUUUUUUACAAGAUAAAGUAAUCCGUAGGGUAACAUAAUGGAAAUAUUUGGAGCAUUUUCUGAGUGACGAAAUCAUGUAGAUUUAUUUUCAAUAUUUCUAAGAAAAGUGCGAUUCUAGGGCCUUGAUUUACCAUAUAAAUGCUCUGAAAACAAAUUAUGAUGAGUUGCAGAAAUGAAAAAAAAUAGGCAAUUAUAUGCUUUCCCAGAUAUGACUUAAAAUAUCUGAGUUAAAUGAUUUCCAUAUAUUGAAAAUAAAUGCUUUGGGUUUAUAUGUCUUGUAGAUAUAAUGUUUGAUAUUCACCAGUUACAGAAAUUAAAAAGUUCGUGAUGCAUUUCUGUUCAUCAACUAUUACUUUGAUUCAUAUAUGCAUAACUUUAUGCAUAUUUGGAAUAAUUCCAAACAUUGUAAAAGCUAAGAACUUUACUAUGGGGUAUUUGACAGGAUCGCAACGUAGGCCAGGUAACAAAGGAUAUCCUAGGCCUGGCUUAACAAUUUCUGGUGCCAUAAGUCUCGCUGUUGAAGAAAUCAACAAAUACCAUCCACUUCGUGACAACCACACCUUGACUUUUACUGUUGCCGAGACUUACGGUGAGGAAUCUGAAAGCAUAUAUCAAACUGCAGUGUUAUGGACUGAAGGUGCAUCUGUGUACAUUGGACCACAAGAGACGUGCGUGCAUGAAGCAAGGAUGGCAGCCAGCUUUGACUUGCCUAUGAUUUCUUAUUUUUGUGCCCACCACGAGACAUCUGAUAAGAAAUUAUAUCCAACUUUUGCCCGAACUCGUCCACCAGACACCCAGAUAUCAAAAUCUGUUGCAUCGUUGCUUCUUAGUUUCGGUUGGAUGAAGGUGGCCUUUCUGUAUUCGACAACACAAGAUAGAAACUUCAGGGAAGUUUCCAGGACCAUUAUCAAGACUUUGGAAGGAGUUGGCAUAGAAGUUCGAUACCUGGGCACAUGGCCAGAAACUUACCAUUAUGGCUACGGAGAGAAUCCUUUUGAUCAGCUGGUUGAGAAUUCAUAUCUAAAUGCUAGAAUUUAUGUUGUACUCGGCUACUAUUUUGAACAUCUCGGACUUAUGGUAAGCAUGGAAAAAAGAGGACUGUUAAACAAAGGAGAUUAUUAUGUUGUUGGUGUAGAUAUUGAACAAUACGAAAUUCAAAAUCCUAGGAGAUAUUUGAAAGGUUUGUUGCGAGAUGAGAUAGAAGACGUAGCUAAAAAGGCUUUUCAAUCUUAUCUUGGUGUUGUUGGCUCUCCUCCAGUGGGUUUUGAAGACUUCACUGUAAAAGUGAACAAGUAUAUGCAGUUGCCUCCUUUCAAUUUUCCAAAUCCUGUUAGUCGCCUGGGAGGAAUGAAAAGGGUACCUGCUGAAGGAGCCUAUCUGUAUGAUGCUGUAUAUGUAUACGCCAGAGCUCUCAAUGAAUGUCUUUUGCAUGGGGACGAUCCGUUUAAAGGAAGAGUCAUCUUUAAUUAUAUAGCCGGAAGAACGUAUUUCAGUGCCAUGGGCUAUAUGGUAUACAUGGAUGAAAAUGGUGACGCUGAAGGCAAUUACACUUUGAUCGCAAGAAAACCUGUUCCUGGUGUCAAUGGAGAAUAUGGUCUUUAUCCUGUUGGAGUGUUUCAGCUGCAUGAAAAUCGAUCCGCAGUUCCUGUACUUCAGUUUACGUCGAGCAUAGAUUGGGUUGCUGGUUUUCCACCAAGUGAUGAACCAAACUGCGGUUUUCAUGGUGAAAAAUGCGUUAUGUGGAAAUUGGCAGUUGGAGUGACUGGAGGUUUGGUUCUGGUGCUUCUAGUUGGAAUCUUAGUUGCUUACAAAAACUGGGCAUAUGAACAAGAACUAGAUAGUCUUAUCUGGAAAAUCGAUUACAAGGAUAUUCAAAUUAAUGAAUGCACUCCUACAACAAGCAUAGGGAGAAUAUGUAGAAAUCUUCAUCCUCUGAUUCGCACCAGUCAAGUUUCUCUCAGUUCUAACGCUGAAGCGGAUUUCCGGUACACAAACAUCUAUACGACAGUCGGAAUAUACAAAGGUCGUAUGCUUGCUAUCAAGAGACUGAGAAAGAAGAGCGUAGAUAUAACCAGAAAGAUGAAGAAGGAGCUUAAAUUUAUGAGAGAUCUUAGACACGACAACUUAAAUCCUUUCAUCGGAGCUUGUGUUGAUCCACCAAAUAUAUGCAUUGUUACAGAAUAUUGUGCUAAAGGAAGUCUCAAGGAUGUUUUGGAGAACGAAGAUGUUAAGCUAGAUAAUAUGUUCAACGCUUCGAUAAUUGGCGAUAUAGUGCGGGGUAUGAUAUAUCUUCACGACAGCCAACUCCGUUCUCAUGGUAAUCUUAAAUCAACCAAUUGCCUGGUGGAUAGUCGAUGGGUAGUGAAGAUAGCAGAUUUCGGAUUACACGAACUGAAAUUUGGAGCUGAUGCUGGAGAUGAUGAUAGCACUGAUUUUGAAAAGCAGUGUGCGAAACUGCUUUGGAAAGCCCCGGAGUUACUACGAGACCCAAAUGCUAGACCUUCUGGAACACAAAGGGGAGAUGUUUACUCAUUUGGCAUCAUUUUGUACGAAAUUAUGGCUCGCAGUGGUCCAUUUGGUCAGACAGACAAGACACCAUCUGAAAUUAUUAAAUGUGUGAUGAGAAGAGAUCGGAAUCCGCCGUUUCGCCCGAAGAUCUCUAAACUGGAGGAUUCUUUCGAUUGUGUCGUUGAUUGCAUGCAAGAAUGCUGGGCAGAGGAUCCAGAGGAUCGACCAGACUUCAAAACCAUUCGAACGAAAUUGAGACCUAUGCGGAAAGGAAUGAAGCCUAACAUCUUCGACAAUAUGUUGGCGAUGAUGGAGAAAUAUGCUAAUAAUUUGGAAGUCUUAGUUGAUGAAAGAACAGAUCAGCUUAUUGAAGAAAAAAAGAAAACAGAUGCUUUGCUUUACGAAAUGCUUCCAAAGUAUGUUGCUGAUCAGCUGAAGAAAGGGAAUAAAGUAGAGGCCGAGUCUUUCGAUUGUGUCACCAUCUACUUCAGCGAUAUAGUCGGAUUUACAACAAUGUCUGCCCAGAGCAGUCCCCUACAAGUGGUGGAUUUCCUAAACGAUUUGUACACUUGUUUUGAUUCCAUCAUUGAAAAUUAUGAUGUCUACAAAGUAGAAACAAUAGGGGAUGCUUAUAUGGUAGUCAGUGGACUUCCCAUCAAAAACGGUGAUAACCAUGCUGCCGAAAUAGCUUCAAUGGCCUUGCAUUUACUAGAAGCGAUAAAGAAGUUCGUUAUCAGACAUAGACCAAAUGAUGCACUAAUGCUAAGAAUCGGAUUACAUUCAGGGGCAGUUUGUGCUGGUGUAGUAGGACAAAAGAUGCCACGGUAUUGCCUAUUCGGCGAUACAGUGAACACGGCCUCCAGAAUGGAGUCAACUGGAUUGCCCCUUCGAAUUCACUGCAGUGAAGCAUGUAAAAGAUUGCUGGAUAAACUUGGUGGCUACAAACUUGAAGAAAGGGGUGUCAUAUCCAUAAAAGGAAAAGGAGAAAUGAAAACUUACUGGUUAGUUGGACAAGAAGAAUACCGUGAUAGAAAGCCACAGAAGCACAGUUAUUCCAUACAAACUCCAGAUGUUUUGAGAUCAGUCACGCGUUCCUCCCUCAGACACAAUAAAUAUCCCAAAUUCAACGCAAACAGAAGGCUAUCUUUGGAAUCUCAAAAGAAGAUCCGAUUUGCUCCUAGCAGUCCGAAGACGUUCGCCUUGAAGCCAACACCCAAUGAAGUCUCUUCGAGCCAUGAUAAGUUUGAAUCGGGGGUGGAGCUUGAUGAAUCCCUUUCCCAACAGCAAGAUAUCCCAGAAUCCUCCCCACCUAUCCGUUUAUUAGCCAAGAGAAACUCCUGCCCAUGUCUUGGCCAAAAUUGUGACCAAUGUCUAAGAUCCCAGAAGGACGUUUUCGACUUUGUGACACCAAAAUUGGUUUUAGAUGAAGUCCCUCUAGAUGAAAUGGGACAGACCACUCUGCCUCAAAGAAAUUAUCCAGGAUGGAGGCGCAUGUCGAAAUUUUCAUCAUUCGUGUCUUGUCUUGGUUCUGGCGAAGUGAAUGAUUUCGAAGCGUAUGAUAAAUUAGCAAAUUCGCAAGGUCCAGAAAAACACUUGUCUGUCAUAGGGCAUUCGGAGAGUGAACCAUUCCUACCUCAUCUUCGAUACCUAAAUCAUUCCGAAAAAAUUGAAGAAAUUAUUUGAAAAAUACUCUGAAAUCAUGAAUACUGGACUUAUGGAUACUUUUUGAAACAGAAAUCUACGAAAUAACUUGAAUCGCAUUGCACUCGAAGAUUUAAUUAUUCUUAUUCCUUAAUUUUCA